AUGUCCUACAUCCACCACAACUUCACCCAAGAAGCCGACGGCCUCAACGCCUUUCCACUGCGGAAUCCAAAGUACUUCGAUGCCUGCAUCCUCUGGAACUGGCCCGGCGUGUUCAACACCCAGCGUCUCCCCCGGCUCGCCUACUUCCCCAGCUGGUCCUGGGUCUCGCUGUCUGUCCCGGCCAGCAUGAGCGGUCUCGAGGGCACGUUUUGGAGCGCCGUCACGACGGUCGAGCAGUACGUCGACUCGAACACACGCAUGCGACUGGGCGACGCAAAGGGCAUCAAAGUGUGCACGCUGGUGCAGUGCUUCCGCUACACGUGGCACGGCGAGCCCGUGAAGAUAGCCUCCGAAGUCUUCGAAGGCAGCCGCGACACGCAGUUCCGCACUUACUUGGAAGCCGUCGACGAGCCUGUCGCGUAUCCGCCGAUGGUGCCCGUCAAGUUCUUCCGCAGCCAGGCCGAGCACGACGCGCUCAUGGCGCAGCACACCGCGGAUCCGCUCAGCGGCGUCGCCGUCAAUAUCGCGUGCCGCCUCUUCCUCUGCAACACCGUGGGGUUCUUCGCGCGCAAGGCUUCUUUCUUCGUCGCUGCGCCAGCGCCGGCCGCGGACCAGGAGCUGGGAAUCCAGAAGCUUGCGGUUGCUGUCGACGAGGGCUUUGCAGACGUCGUGGGGCACGUGGUUUUGGACACCGAGUGGCGCCGUGCGCAGCCCGCGCAGCUGGACUUUGUCGCCGUGGCGCGGCAUGCAAGCAAUGGCCCACACACCAAUCUGCGGCGGACGGGGGGCUGGUUCUUUCAUUGCUUGCUCGUGGAGCGCGUGUUUAGCGAUGAGGAACUGCUGGUGGUGGGGUUGCAUGCUGCGCUUUUUCAUCGCAGGGUUGCGGCGCUGUUUGAUGUCGACUGCGAGCAGUUUGACCGCGCGGGGUCGGACUCGACUUGUCUUUGUUGA